AUGCCAGAGCGACCGCGCGGCAGCUCCGCAAGCACGUGGAGGGCGCUGUUGGCGGCGGCGGUGUGUUUCCUUGCCGCGGCACCGUGCAUGGUUCUGCUCCAGCAGUACCUGCUGCCGCUGGGCGAUGCAAGGGCCGUUGCGUCCGCGAGCCGCUUCCAACUCGCGAUGGCUGUCGUCACGUAUCUGACGCUGCGCCUCGUCCGCGUGGCUCCCUACGGCCGUCACGCGGAGGGCACGUUUCUGGGCCCCACUGUGCCCGCGCCCCUCUCAUGGGCGCUGCAGGAGUGCCCGACGCUGUUGAGUGUCACGUACUACCUUUUCGUGGAGUACCCGUGCCACUCGCUGGGGUGCAGCGGCGGCCAGUGGACGCGUAUUGCGCUCGAGGACACUUGGGGGCAGGCGGCGCGUGCGGUCGCCGACGGGCUCGCCUCGCUUCACUUGGGGCUGCUCCUCUUCGUCAUUCACUACGUACACCGCAGUCUCCUCUACCCGCUGCUCCUACGCAGCGGGACGCCGGUGCCAAUAGAAAUCACGCUGGCUGCCACCUUGUACUGCCUCCUCAACGGCCGGCUGCAACUGCUGGCAAACAUUCGCGACAGCCCCGCGGUGCCUCGUCUCCCGCUCGACUCCAUGAGUCACAUGAUGCUGUUUUUUGUUGGCAGUGUCGUCUUCUUUGCGGGGAUGUGGGUGAACCUUUUCUCUGACUACCACCUGCUGCGGCUGAAGGAGCAGCCACCAAAGCGCACGCGCAAGAUUCCACACGGGGGUCUAUUUGAAUACGUGAGCUGCGCAAACUUCCUGGGGGAAAUCGUGGAGUGGGGCGGCUACACCCUCGUCGUGUGGUCCACCACAGCCGCGAGUAAACCGGAGGCGGGGCUGGCGGCGUGCAGCUUUUUCCUGUACGUGAUGGCAAACCUGCUUCCGCGCGGUCAAGCGCACCACGCGUGGUACAUCAAACACUUUGGGGACGCCUACAAGGCACUGCGGCGCAGGGCUGUUGUCCCGUAUGUGUACUAG